AUGGUUCGGAAUGCUCGAACACCGGGCGAGGGACGCGCUGCGCAAUCGGGCUGGAUUGGGUCUGUUGCGAGGUUUUGGGAGAAGACAUAUGCGCCUGAUUAUGUUGGGUUGAUUAUUUUGGUGUCGGCGUAUAUGCUUUUGGAGUUCAUUGUGGAACCUUUUCAUCGAUUAUUCUUUACCAAUAAUAUCAAUAUUCAAUAUCCGCAUGCCGAGAAGGAGAGGGUGACGCCGGGUUGGAAUAUCGUUUAUGCUGGGGGAAUACCAUUGAUUAUAUUAAUAUUCACUCUCGCGCUCACGAGAGCUGGACUGCAUAAGUCUCACGUAACGAUACUUGGGCUUUUUAUUAGUUUGAUUCUGACUUCAUUCAUUACUGAUGUAAUCAAGAAUGCGGUUGGGAGACCUCGCCCUGAUUUAAUCUCACGAUGCAAACCUGCUGCAGGAACACCAAAGGACGUUCUUGUGGAUAUAACUGUUUGUACAGAGACGAAUCAUCAUACAUUACAUGAUGGGUGGCGAAGCUUUCCAUCUGGACAUAGCUCCUUUGCCUUUGCUGGCUUGGGCUACUUGUCAUUAUUCUUCUUUGGACAAAUGCAUGUUUUGCGACCAAGGACUGAUCUUGGGAGGGCGAUGCUUGCUAUAGCUCCAUUACUAGUCGCAGCUUUGAUUGCUAUAAGUCGCUGUGAAGACUACCGUCACGACGUUUACGAUGUCACAUGUGGAUCCAUCCUCGGGUUCAGCAUCGCCUACUUUUCUUAUCGUCGAUAUUUCCCUCGAUUGCGUUCAGCAAAAUGUGAUGAACCAUUUCCAUCGCGGGAGACGGUAUUCAAUGAAGGGUUUGGAAAAAUCAAGGAUGAUGAGGAAACCGCCAGAGGAGGAGCUAGGGAUUUUGCUUUGAGCGACGACGAGGAGGACGACGAAGAACGCUAG